AUGCUUGGGACUAGCCUACGUAGCAAGCGUUUCCGUUUGGUUUCGGAGCAAAGAAAUACCGAGGAAGGGGACUUUCGGUAUUGACCGCGCGAGAAAUGAAACGAGAGCCAAAAAGUGAAAGAGGGGGGAGGGGGAGGGGAAGGAAGGAAACUUUCUUCCUUCCUUUCUUCCUCACUCCCUCCCCGCUCUUUUACUCGCGCCACUUUUCUCGCGGUCUUUGACUCUCGUUUCUCGUCCUUUUCUCCUAAACCGCACAGAAACGCUUGCUACGCAGGCUAGUUUGGGACGAAUACAGCUUAUCGAACUCGUAAUCUUAAUGUCACUUCUCAUCAUCCAUUAAGAUCAGCGCAUGACUUCUUUAACAAAAAACUUAUCAAAUAUUGGAACCAGCUGCCACUAUGCGUGGGAAAUUCAACAAACAUCAACGCCUUUAAGGCUGGUCUUGACCUCUUUAAGUUUCGCCUGAUGGAUUCUGGAAAUUAUCGGAAGAAAUCUUUAAUAGAAUAA